AUGCCUCGUUCCUCCCCACCAGCACCCCUACCCCACCGCAUCUCUACCCAUCUCCCUCCCACUCUCUUCCACUCGCAUCUUAUUGCCCCCCACCCACCCCUUUCCUCGCAUCAUCUGCCGCACCAUCCCCCAUCCCUCUCUCCAUCUCGUCCGCCCACCUCCCCACCGCCCCCUAUCGCCCUCUCCACCUCCUCCCCCAUCCAAAGUCAUCUCCUCAGCCCCUUCCUCCCCUGCCCCCCAUCGUCUCCCCAAUCCCACCCCCUCCUCCGUCAUCUCUCGCCUGGAGCCUCCCAGCGAGCCUCUGACUGUGCGCUGUCCUCCCCCCCCGCUACUGCCUGCUUCCCAGCUUUAGCGGCUCCCCCUGCCGCCCCCCGUGGUGCCGUUGCCGCUGCGCCUGCUGUGACAGUGGGUGGGGCGUGUGCCCUCGUGCUCGCCUCGUUCACCUGCUUUGUGCUUUGGAAUGGGGCAUGGGUGGCGUGGGAUCAUCGGGACAUGGGGGCGUGCUCACCUGCUCCCCUCCUCUCUCCCCAGCUGCUUCCCUCUCUCCUCAGCUGCUCCCCUCCCCUCUCCUCAGCUGCUACCCUCCCCUCUCCUCAGCUGCUCCCCUCCCCUCUCCUCACCUGCUUCCCUCCUCUCUCCUCACCAGCUUCCCUCCUCUCUCCUCACCUGCUCCUCUCCUCUCUCCUCACCUGCUCCUCUCCUCUCUCCUCACCUGCUCCUAUCCUCUUUCCUCACCUGCUCCUCUCCUCUCUCCUCACCUGCUCUCCUCCUCUCUCCUCACCUGCUCCUAUCCUCUCUCCUCACCUGCUCCUCUCCUCUCUCCUCACCUGCUCUCCUCCUCUCUCCUCACAUGCUCCUAUCCUCUGUCCUCACAUGCUCCCCUCUCUCUCCUCACCUGCUCCUCUCAUCUCUCCUGACGUGCUGCUCUCCUCUCCCCUCACCUGCUCCUAUCCUCUCUCCUCACCUGCUCCUAUCCUCUCUCCUCACAUGCUCCUCUCCUCUCUCCUCACCUGCUCCCCUCCUCUCUCCUCACAUGCUCCUCUCCUCUCCCCUCACCUGCUCCUAUCCUCUCUCCUCACCUGCUCCUAUCCUCUCUCCUCACAUGCUCCUCUCCUCUCUCCUCACCUGCUCCCCUCCUCUCUCCUCACAUGCUCCCCUCCUCUCUCCUCGCCUGUUCGGCCCUCUCUCCUCACCUAUUCGGCCCUCUCUCCUCACCUGUUCGGCCCUCUCUCCUCACCUGCUCGGCCCUCUCUCCUCACCUGCUCGGCCCUCUGUCUUCACAUACUCGCCCCAUUCUACUCACCUUUUCUCCUCCUCUCUCCUCACAUGCUCGGCCAAAUCUUUUCACCUUUCCUCCUCCUCGCCUCUUCUCACCUGCUCGCCCUCUCUCCUCACCUUCUCGGCCCUCUUCCCUCACCUGCUCGCUCUCCUUCAAAGGAGAGAGGCGUCAAAUUGGCGGCGGGAGCCAUCGUAGGAGUGCCUCUGAGUGCCAAAACUCCCAAAUUCGCUGCUCUGGCGGCUCAAUCUCACGAGUGCCUCGGAGAUGGGAUCGCUCAAUGCCCGGGGGCGGAUCGAAUCGUCUCUUGCCGCGAAAUUUGCGUUCAGCUAAAGGUGGAAAUGAUGAUACGGGGUUAUCGCUGUGCUGCUGCUGCUGCUGCUGCUGCUGCUGCACCCGCUGCUGCUGCUGCUGCUGCUGCUGCUGCUGCGCCUGCUGCUGCUGCUGCUGCGCUUGUUGCUGCUGCUGGGCUGACAUCACAAAGUAGUGGCCCUUGGUUUGGUCCAAAAUUGGUCUAUUAUUGGGGUAAUACUGGCACCUACGACCAAAAUUUGUCCAAUUUUUGGACCUACAUUUUAGACCAAUAUUAG